AUGUAGGAGAAGGGAACCAUCAACAUCACACAAGCAUACGAACCAGCUGAUAUCUUCAAAGAGAGCUCGAGAAAAUGCAUUAAAUCAAUCAAAUAAGAAUUUUUAGGAUAUAGAAUUUAUAUAAAAUUGAAGAAUUUGAAAAUUAAAUACGAUUACUUGUGCAAAAGAAAGAAUAGAGUGAAGAAUAAUCGAAUCACCAAUAGAUUAUAUUAAUUUUAUGAGUCCAUUUGA